AUUACUAAAUGUGAGUUGAGUGUAGGUUUUUCCAGCCAGAUAGUCUAAUUCCUGCGAUUUGUUUUAUUUAUUUGCAAGGCUAGUGUUUUUGUACUGCUUUGCUUAUUGUUUAGGUAAAAAAUAAAUCUCCCUGGUUGUUAACAAGAAUUAAAUAUGAAAGAAACUGAACAGAUAUACGUCGAUAAAGUGGAAAAAUACACCGCGUCACCAUGCAACGUUAAAAAUUUCUAUGGAAGUAAAAAACCAAGUCUGCCAAAAUGCAGAAAGAGUCUAAAAGAUAUUAACGCAGAUUUUAGAUUAAAACAGAAGGAGGAAAAAUGUAAAACAUCUGAACGUGAUACAUCAGGUGAAGAAAACAUUUUUUUAUGUGGUAGUAAAGAAGCUGCUUUGAAGUGUGAUGUAGACCAGCAUGAAUCUGUUUCUGCAAAGAGAGCUUUUUAUCAUCGCAACGAUGUUUUCUGGACGACUGACCUCUAUGGUAAAAAACAAAAGUCGAAAAACUUUGAUAAAGCUUGCACUAGCCCAAUAAACUUCAGUCGAAGAAUAGUCAAACAGAACCUGAAUGAAGAGAAGUCUUCCAUAUCUGUUGCAAGUCAGACUUCCUUUUCAUCGAGUCAAGAAUCAAAUCGGUCAUCUCCGUUUAGUAGUUUCAGAGUAUCGCCUUUUAUGUCUACUACUACAGAGUCGCCCCUCAUGUUCUCUUCCUCUCCAACAACGAGUUAUACAUGCGAUACAAAUUUGGAAAAAUUUAAAACAGAAGACCCACUACAGCCUAUGCAGCAAGAUAUCCUAAAUGUCAGUUUGAACACAAGUGACACGUCAGUACAAAGCGAUAUAGUAAACAAAAGAACCCCUCCACACAAUACGAUAUUGAAUUACUUCUCCAAAACUGAACCCUCGCGAAAAAGCAAGAAACCUGAAUCUAUUGCAAGUUGUAUGCAAAGAAAAGAGAAAACAUCUAUAUGUCAUCAACUGCGACUGACUGGUGAAAAAGUAACCUCAGAUUCCCAAGAUACGGCUAGCGACCCUAACAUUAUGUUUGAUUUACCUCUGUCUCCACGCCAAAAUUCAUUCUUCAAAAAGCAGUUUAAUAAAAAGAAAACAGCUUACGAUAAGCCGAAACCACAGAAAAAAGAACAGACAUACAUCGACAUAGGUCAGAAAGAUUUUGGUCAUAUCACUUGUUCGACCUGUGGUAUGGUUUACACGAAAUCACAAGAAGAUGACGAAGCACAGCACGCGAGAUAUCAUCAGAAGAUUGUGCAGAAACUUAAAUUUAACGGUUGGAAAAAAGAAAGAGUUCUUCAGGAAUAUCACGAUGGACGUAUUAUAAUGCUAAAAAGUUCAGAUCAUUAUCUGCAUUUAAAGAAGUUAGCUGAAGUCAAAGAUAUUGUUGACAGCGAACUCGGCUUCUUGAAAUAUCAAGAUCUUCAUCCAAAAAGCGAACAACAGGCGUUCUUAUUUAUAUCUUCGUCGAAAAAAGUUGUUGGUUGUGCCAUAGCAUUACCGAUACAAAAGGCAUACCCAGUGAUAAUCUCUGAGGAUGCAAAAGUAGAAGAAGUGGCUCAGGGAGUUCCAACUCUGUCGUGGUGUUGCAGCACUAAUCCAGUCUCAGCGAUGUGUGGUAUUAGCCGGAUAUGGGUAUUCUCACAAAAUAGAUGUCAAGGAAUUGCCACUCGUUUGGUGGACUGUAUCAGGCAUAAUUUUCUGUACGGAUGUGUGAUUGAAAAACACAAAAUUGCUUUUUCUGAUCCAACACCAAAUGGGCGCGCUUUCGCAGAAAAAUAUACUGGUCAAAAAGAAAUAUUAGUAUUUCGAUGAAUUUAUCAAGAUAUUGAUCAUGCAUCAGACGUUAUCGUUAAAAUUUGUUUGUAAAUAUUUUAAUAAAUAUAAUAAAAAAGUAUAAUUUUAUAA